AUGGGGCAAAGGCUUGCCUUUGCCUUCUCUGUGGCUGUUCACCCUGAUCGUCCCCCCGUGCUGUUCGGGGAGUUCGCAUACGAGAAAGGGAUAGUCGCCGGUAGGGAGGAGGGGAAGAGAGGAGGGAGAGGAGGAAGUGGGGGAAGUGGGGAGAGUGCAGGUGCUGUUGAGUCGACUCGCGAGGCGGCUGUUGCUGCUGCGCUAGAUUUUGCAUGUGGAUGGGAUGUUGGGGGGUUGACUGGGCAGGCGUGUAGGGAGGAGAAAGGAGGAGGGGAAGGGGUGAAGGGGGCAGGUAGGGAUGGUGGGGGAGGUGAGAAUGGGGAAGUGGAUAAAGGAGGAGGAGAAGAGGGGGACUUGGGUGAGGAUGAGGAGGAUGAGAGUGUGGAAGGGAGUGAGGAAGAUAGUGUGGAAGGGAGCGAGGAGGAGAGUGUGGAAGAGUGGAGUGAGGAGGACUGGUAUGAGGAGGAAGAGGAGAGCGAGGAGGAGAGCGAGGAGGAAGAGGAGGAUGAAAGGGGCGUGGGCGUGGGCGUGGGUGUGGCCAUGAGUGGAGAAGCGAGUGGAAUGCCGGCCCCCAUGCAGCUGCGCUACUGUGCAGCAGGUCUGAGGAAGGCCGAUGACGUCAGUGCGAUGGAGCGGGCGCUUCUGUCCCUUGAGCCAAUGAUCCGCUGCCAACCGGACGAGCUGGAUGACGUGGCAGCUGAGCUGGCUCGCUCCCUUAUCCACAUUCAGUGCCAGUUCCUCUUGGUAGGGGAAGAACCGGAGGAGGAGGGAGGGGAGGAGGGAGAGGAGGAGAGCGGGAGCGAGGAGGAGGGAGGAGGGGCGGUAGAGGAGUGUGAGGUAGAAGAAUGGGGCUCUCUCAGUAACAAGGAGAAGGGCAGCAGAGAAAGAAAUGGAGGCAAGCAAAGGGAGGGAGGCAGCAUGCAAGGCGGAGAAGGAAGGGGAGGAGCGCAGAGAGCAGGGGGGGCGGAGGAGAGGAGGAGGGCAGCGCUGGUGGCGCUGGUAGUCUUUUCCCCGGUCGCAUCGCUGGAGGUGCUUCUGGGGGAGGUGUUUUCUGCCCACGUGGACCUCAUUGAGAUUCAAACUGGCCCUACCCCAUGGGAUAAUCCCGCUCACUCCCUCUCACCCUCCCCUCCCGGUGCUGGUAAAUGGGUUCAGCUGCCCGGGAUUCUGCCUGGAGAUCUCGGGCAGCCCGAGCUGGCCAAGGCGAUGUUAGCGUCAGCAGAAGCAGGCGGAGGGUUCGGCGUGACCGGGGUCACGAGCAGUUGGACGAAAAUUUUUGUGAGAGACCUGCCCCGGCGACCUGGCGACCGCAUUCUCGGGCAGGAGAAGCGAACCUCCAAAGCAGUUGAAUCCGCGAGAGAGAAGCUUCAAGGAAGCAGCGGUCCGAACCAGCAGAUGCACAGUCAGCGUGAUGUGCCCACGUGUACAGCUCCACGCCUGCGAUUCGCUGACGUGGCAGCGGGGUUUAUGCUGCCGCUGAUGCGAGCGUACGACAGGCAGAGCCACGGGGUGGACUGGGUGGGGCGGGACUUUGUGGUUCUCGCGCGCAUGCUGCUGCUUCUAGGAAAGUGCCUCCGCCUUGUUUCCCCAUCGCCGUCAACCCUUCCCCUUGCCGCUGCUCUGUUGGAGUUCAUCAACGCCAGUCCCAUCGCCCAGCACCCAGAGCCCUAUGUGCAGCGCUGUGCAAUCUUCGCUGCAGCCUCUCUGCUCCUCUCGUUACCCCCGGCUGCCGUCGCAGCCCAAGGGCUCCUCCUCUUCUCCUCUGCUGCCUCUGCUACCGGAGGCACCACAGCUGCCGGGGGUGGUGCUGGGGGUGCAGGAGUGGGACUGUCAGGGAUGCUGCGGGUGAUGGCUGCGUGGUUGGGGAGACUUGCUGAGGAGAGUGGGGACGAGCAGACCAAAGCGAUGGCCUUUGGGGGCCUCCAGCUAUACGACGAUUUUGCCAGGGCGUGCCUGCAAGCAGUGCUUGGCAGUACCCCCACUUGA